GUUUUAGUAAUCCCUAAGCCUCAGUAGCGCCUGCCCCGUUGUUUGGGACUCCCUUGUGUUUGUUCAGUGAGUUUGCUGCAGUUCAUCGAUGCACUGUUGACGAAGUGUUUCCCUCUUCAGACAGCCGGUCCCGAAGUUUUUAGGAGCCUGUAUUAGGUUUGAGGUCCAACAUCAACCCCAUGGGGACCAGGAAAGUACUGGUAACCGGUUGCUCCUCUGGCAUCGGCUUGGCUGUGGCAGUACGCUUGGCCAAGGAUGAGGCCAAACGGUUUAAAGUAGUAGCCACGAUGAGGGAUCUUGAGAAACGUGGCCCUUUGGAAAAAGCUGCAGGUGAUGCAUUAAAUAAAACCCUGGCGAUCCAGAAGCUGGACGUCUGCUGUAAAGAAUCCAUCAAAGCGUGCAUCAACAGCCUCCCCGACCGGCAAGUGGAUGUCCUGGUGAGCAAUGCCGGCAUUGGCAUGAUUGGGCCUUUGGAGUGCCAAAGUAUCACUGCGAUAAAGGAGCUCUUUGACGUGAACCUUUUUGGCCUGGUGCGGUUGGUGAAAGAGGUGCUGCCCGACAUGAAGCAAAGGCAGAGCGGCCACAUUGUGGUGAUGAGCAGUGUCAUGGGACUACAAGGGCUUCUGUUCAAUGAUGUCUACUCGGCGUCCAAGUUCGCUGUGGAAGGAUUUUGUGAGAGUCUGGCAGUGCAAGCAAUGAAAUUUCACAUCAAGACUACACUGGUGGAACCGGGUCCUGUGAUCACAGAGUUUGAAAGGAAAGUGUACGAGGAUGCGGAGAACAUAGAUCUGUCUGAGACAGACGAGGAGACUGCCAGGAUCUUUCGGGACAUUUAUCUGCCAUACUCCAAAAUGGUCUUCACAACGUUAGGCCAGACCCCCGAGGAAGUGGCCGAGCAAACACAUAAAGUGAUUACAGCCAAGGAGCCUCCUCUGCGCCACCAGACCAACAGACUGUACAUGCCCAUGACUGCGCUGAAGCAUGCAGAUCCCACCGGCAGACUUCCUCUCGAAGCUUUCUAUAAGAUGAUCUUUAAACACGACCGGGUUUUCAAAGCUACAUUGGGGGUUCUGCGCAUGCUGCACAGGCGGGGAGGGAACAAAUAAUCACUUAAUGAAAGUAGAGGCGAAACGUAAUUGAUUAGCUGUGAAAAUAUAAAUUUUCCAGUAGUUCUUUUACUCCUUAGAAUAUGAUUUAUUCAUUUCCUGAAGAUAUGGACUGGAUAUUUGUGGUCCUUUUAAGCCUGAUGCAAGAAAUCAUUGUAAAACAUUCUUUACUUUUAAAAACAGAACUGUUUAUUAGAUGCUUUUGACAAAAUACUGAUUUCAAUGUCACCAAUUGUAUGUUAUUGCAUUGAUACAUUAUAAAUUAACUAGCAUUGAUUAUUUAUAUAGACAUAAAUGUUGACUUCUAAUCAAUGUCUUAAAGUGUAUUCAAGUCUAAAUAAUUAUAAUUGAAUUGCAAUUUUAUUUGAGUAUUUUAAGUAUAAACUGCUUUAAUCACAAUUAAUUUUGACAUUUUGUUUUGUACUACAAAACAUCUGUUAUCAAUUUAUAAUUUAUGAUUAUGAAAGUAAUUUUAAAAUAAUAGUUUUUUUUUUUUUUACAUUUUACAUGUAACCAUUAAAAAAAUAUUUUGAACUCUAUGAUACCCUGUUUCUAAGGUGUGUGGAACCCUCUUGGACUUUUAAAUAAAAGUGGUACCAGGCAGAGGGCAUCUAACAAUUAUAGAAUACAACAUAAGUUUUUUAAGCGAAGGACCAACUUUUUAAAUGUCUUAGAAAUAUGUAUAUCUUAAAUUAUACUUUUGGCAAAAUAAAAAUAUAAAGUUAGAGAGCCCUUUACUGAAAAAAAUGUUGGUAAUAACACUCUAAAGUGGGGAAGUAUAAUUAUGUUAUUUUGACAGAUUCCCAGGGAAAUAAAUUAUGUGCUGUGACCCAAAACCAGAUGUUAUUUUACAUUAAAAUAGAGAUCAAUACACAUUACUGCAACCACUCUCAAAGUAUUUCCUCGUCUGUUCUUAAAAACCCAUUUGUUCCGCUCGUGUUGAAAGAAUGUUUUUUUUUUUUUUAUAUUGUACCCAUGCAGCCAGUUUUACACAUGUAACAACAGUUUGUGUUGCAAGGUUUCCGUAUUUUGUGCGUUAUCCAUAUGCAAGUUAGCCAUCCAUCCACCAAAUGUACCCACUUUUCUGUCCACGGUUGGUGGGGGUUAUUGACUGGUGACUGUCGAUCACAACGCUGCUUUGUAAGUUAUUUACAUACAAAUUAUUAAAAUAUAUUUUGGUCUUAUAAAUGAGGAAACUCUUUAAUCUGUUAAACCCGUCUUACAUGUUAAAGAGAAGAGAUUGAGCCAUAGCUUUGAACCGGACAAAAGUCUGUGCCAUUAUUGAUCUUCUUACAGCAGCUUAUCUGAAGGUAUCUGCUGCUUAAAGAGGUUGAUUUCUCUUACUUAUUCUAAAGAUAUUGUUACAUCUGAGGAUUACACCAAUAACAGUACUGAUACAUGCUGUUGAACCCACCUUUAGACUCUAUUUAAGAAAAAAAAACAGCUUUUCCAUUCACAAGCUCUUUCAGUUUAGACUUUGCCCAGAAGAAACUAUACAUGCAUCUUGAAGUCAUGAUAAAUAGCUAUUAUGUUUCGGCAGCAGAAUCUCAGGUUUUGGCCGUUUCUGCUACUUGACUCAACUUGGGCAAACCUGAUCAGCUUCUGAUUCAAAAAAGAAUUAGAAAAUAGCUGGAAGUGCACUCAGAAAUAAUAAAAAGGUUGCUCUUUUCAAGAUCACCAUCAAUAAUAACUUUUGUAAUUAAACGAGAGAACUCAAGGUGUCCCUAUUCAGAACAAGCACUUUAUGCUUUAGUAUGAUAUAAACGGUAUAUAUUGUUUUAAUGUUCUCCCUGGAGCUUUUUAUUGCUAAAAAAAACAACAACAACAAAAAAAGAACAUUAACAAUAGUAUACUGAAAUGUUGUUUCCUAUAGUUUUUAUUAUAAACGUAUUAAACAGGUUUGAUCGAG